GGGAAGUGAAGGGAGCAGGCGAGGGAAUUGGAGAUACAUAGCAGGGCUGGAGCACUCACCUCUGCCCCACUAUCUGUCACUGGCUGCACUCUAUACAGAAAGGGGGUCCCAAGAGUCCAUCACAAGCCCAGCUUCUCCUCUCUGCUCACUUCCCUGGGGAUGGAGGGACUUUUCAUUGAGUUUUCUUGGAGCAGAUUUUAAGAGCUCUCUUUAGGCGCAGUUAUUCUGCAUUUUACCUGCAUUGCAGAUUGGAAUUAAGCAAGAGAUUUGUUUGUUUUUGUUGUUUUUGUGCUGUGUUUAGGGUACUGCUUGUGAAUGAUUAAGCUACAUGAUAGUUUUUUUGUUGGAGUGAAGUUUGAAUCGCUGAUUUUAAAAAUACUCUGCGCAGCUCGAACCCACUGUAAUGAAAACUGCUUUGCAUUUUAGUGCAAAUAAUUUAUUAAAUUAUUGCAUAUAAGAACUGAUAUUUUUGCACCCACCAAAACCCAUUUGUGGCUUUUUUUUCUUUUUUUACAUCUUGGUAAAAAUCUGUAAAAAUUUCUAUUCAGUGCAUUUUUUAUAGAUUUUAUAUAUUAUAUCAUUUUAGAUAUCGUAGUAACCAACCUCUUAGCUGACCUGCAGUUCAAUAAAGAGUAUAGACACACAUUGAAUAAUAUUACCUGCAUUUAUUUUUGCUUAGUAUUAGUCGAAUUUGCAAUGGUCUUCAUUCAGGUCUUUGCUCUAAUGCCGAUGCUUUUUUACCCUGGUACCCUGGGAAUGCCCGCAGGGGAGUUUACUGUACCAGAGAUGACUCAUUCUGACCAUGGUAAAAUCACGCUGAGGUUCCGAGCUCUUGGUAGGUUCUUAGAAUUCCAUCUAACUCCUGAUGACACCUUCCUAGGACCACGGGUGCACAUUACACAUGUAGGACGGACCGGUGGCAUUGAGGAAGGCACGGAUGGGCUACGGGGCUGUUUUUAUUCAAGCCAACAACCUUUUGCUGCAUUUAGCUUGUGCAGAGGGGUACAGGGUGCUUUCCUAUACGGGCAAGAUAGCUAUAUCAUCCAACCCACUGAGAAAUCUGGUCACCACCUCGUAUUUAAAGCUCAGAAUGGGGAAACCCAACUGGGUAGCAAGACUGAAGCUGUGCUCACCCACGAGUUGGGAAACCAGGACAGAGGAACAAAGCAAAAAUCAACAGGUGCACAAAGUCUGAUGGCUAAGAUCACCAGAGGGAGAAAAGGGAAUCUAACUGAUAACGACAGACAGGAGGAGAGUGGUGGACACAUGAGUUCACCGAAAGAGAGAAAAGGUAACAAAAAUUCCCUGAAUUUGGAGAACAGGACAAAAGCGCAGACCGUCCAUGAUAAAUCCAGCAAUGGCACAAUUCAUCCAUACCGUCAGCGCAGGUUCGUGGCUGUGGACCGCUUUGUGGAGAUCUUGCUGGUGGCAGACACAACCAUGGUGAAAUUCUAUGGUGAGGAUUUAAAGGUAAGAAUAAUAUCCAUGUUUUCAUUUCCAAAACUUCAGGGAGCCAAAAUGUUUGAAACUGAUAACGAUUUGGACACAAACGAAGUGCCCAAAAUUAAUUGAUACCUCCAGAUGGAAACUGUAGCCCAAACAUUUUGUCUCCCUGUGUGAGAGGUUUUAGUAAUAAUUUCAAGAAUAAUGUGUUUGGUACAUGGACACAACAAAAGUCCAGGCACCUAAAUUUGGUAAGUAACUGUUACUGUAACAGAGCUAUAAUUGGGGAGAUCCUGAGAUCUUCCUGCUUAUCAUGUGAUACCAAAAAUAUACCAUAAACACACUACAAAAUAUAUCGUUUAUGUCUAGGUGAAAAUUAAAUCUUAAUUAUAUUGAUAUUAGUUCUUGCAUUUGGGUCUUUAAAUGUCCGGGCCGACUAAGACAAAGCUAUAAUAUGCAUUCAACCAUAUCAAAAAGUUACCAAAAUCUAGAAAUUUAUAAAAUGUUUUGGAUCAAAAAUGAAAUAAGUUUAUACUUUACGGAUAUUUUCACAUGGUACCUUUUGACCAGGUGUGCAAGGUAGGGCACACUUUACACACAACCAAGGCACUGACAGGGUUAAUGGAUAUGUAUCCUAUAGAAAGAUCCUAUUCCUGAUAUAUUCUAGUUUUGCUUAAAGAUUAUUGAAUGUCUGUUCAGAGGAAAGUUAUGGCUAAAAAGUUGGGGAAAGUUACACCAAACAGCAAUCUAUAAAUAUAAUGUGAAUCAGCAACAAAUUAUUAACUGCAGUGAGCAGCAAGAGACGAGGUUCUGUGAUAAAGGAACCAAUAUAAUAUUAAUCGGUGGAUAUAGAUCAAGGAAAUGUCUUUAGUCACACAGUAGAGAUCAGACUGGAAGCCCAGGCAGUCUGGCAGGUGUUCGGAUACAGUAUUUAUAUAGGAGCAGACAGGGGUCACCCUCUGCCCUGCAGGGUCAGUAACAUAGAAAGGAAGGAGGUAAUUGCCCCCCAGGUAGAAUUUACCACCCUGGAAGAUAUCAGAAAUGCUGUGUUUUGCAUUUAGCAUUAGUAAUUUUUUAAUAAAAUAGUGAGUUAUUAGAUUUUUUUAUAAUGGUGCAAAUAUAAACAUAAAUUCGAACUGUUUUAGCGUGUUGGCUGCAUUACAUUACGAUAUAAAUUGUGUUUUCAUUUAACGUGGUGUUGUGUGCCGUGAUAUUUAGCAUGUGCAUUUUAUUCACUAUUUAUAAAGGCGGUGCAGCUAUGUACGGUAUAUACAGUAGAUGUUUGGCAUUCAAAGUGCAAACAAUAAAAUGAGUCUGAAUUUUUAUUGUUGGUGUUAGCCGUGGUCUUGCAGAAUCUCAGGAACCAGACAUAUCCAAUGGCAACUGGCAAGAAAUAGCCCAAACCUGGUAAUGAGGAAUUAUUGCCUCUGGCUUCUGUCCAGCUCCCUUCUUGCACUAUAUCAGGGGAGCUCUGCUCAGUGAAACCUAGCGCACAUUCGCUGGCAGUAACGAGGUGUGAUAAUUGGUUAUCUCACUGUCUAGACCAUAUUGUUACUAUAUAUAGUUAUCCCGUUAAAUUUCACACAAAAUAAAUUGAGCUGAUAUUAAUCCAUAUGAUAUCCAACAUCUUUCCAGGAAACCCUUACCGAGCCACACUUUCCACUAAUUAUAUACCCUCUCGUAUUAUACUGAUUAGCUCUUCUGGCAGUCUGGCAAUGAGCAGUGCAUCUCCAGUUACCUGGGAGUACUCUGAAGUAACAAUUGUUUGGAAUUAAAAGUCUGUUUCAAAGUUAAAGCCAAGAAAGCUGAGCUCAGAAAUACUCCUAGCCAGAUAAGCUUCCAGUUUGGAUACAUUGAUCUUAAAUUAGAAAUGUCCUGUGAGUACUGACACUUAGUAUUUAUCUCUGUUUCUCUGUGAGUACUCUGACACUUAGUAUUUAUCUCUGUUCCCUGUGAGUACUCUGACACCUAGUAUUUAUCUCUGUUUCUCUGUGAGUACUCUGACACUUAGUAUUAUCUCUGUUCCCUGUGAGUACUCUGACACCUAGUAUUUAUCUCUGUUCCCUGUGAGUACUCUGAUACUUAGUAUUUAUCUCUGUUUCUCUGCAAGUACUCUGACACUUAGUAUUAUCUCUGUUCCCUGUGAGUACUCUGACACUUAGUAUUUAUCUCUGUUUCUCUGUGAGUACUCUGACACUUAGUAUUAUCUCUGUUCCCUGUGAGUACUCUGAUACUUAGUAUUUAUCUCUGUUUCUCUGCAAGUACUCUGACACUUAGUAUUAUCUCUGUUCCCUGUGAGUACUCUGACACUUAGUAUUUAUCUCUGUUUCUCUGUGAGUACUCUGACACCUAGUAUUAUCUCUGUUCCCUGUGAGUACUCUGACACUUAGUAUUUAUCUCUGUUUCUCUGCAAGUACUCUGACACUUAGUAUUUAUCUCUGUUCCCUGUGAGUACUCUGACACUUAGUAUUUAUCUCUGUUUCUCUGUGAGUACUCUGACACUUAGUAUUAUCUCUGUUCCCUGUGAGUACUCUGACACCUAGUAUUUAUCUCUGUUCCCUGUGAGUACUCUGAUACUUAGUAUUUAUCUCUGUUUCUCUAAAAGUACUCUGACACUUAGUAUUAUCUCUGUUCCCUGUGAGUACUCUGACACUUAGUAUUUAUCUCUGUUUCUCUGUGAGUACUCUGACACUUAGUAUUAUCUCUGUUCCCAGUGAGUACUCUGACACUUAGUAUUUAUCUCUGUUUCUCUGUAAGUACUCUGACACUUAAUAUUAUCUCUGUUCCCUGUGAGUACUCUGACACUUAGUAUUUAUCUCUGUUUCUCUGUAAGUACUCUGACACUUAAUAUUAUCUCUGUUCCCUGUGAGUACUCUGACACUUAGUAUUUAUAUCGGUUCCCUGUGAGUACUCUGACAUUUAGUAUUUAUCUCUGUUUCUCUGUGAGUACUCUGACACUUAGUAUUUAUCUCUGUUUCUCUGUGAGUACUCUGACACUUAGUAUUUAUCUCUGUUUCUCUGUGAGUACUCUGACAUUUAGUAUUUAUCUCUGUUUUUCUGUGAGUACUCUGACACUUAGUAUUUAUCUCUGUUCCCUGUGAGUACUCUGACAUUUAGUAUUUAUCUCUGUUUUUCUGUGAGUACUCUGACACUUAGUAUUUAUCUCUGUUCCCUGUGAGUACUCUGACACCUAGUAUUUAUCUCUGUUCCCUGUGAGUACUCUGACACUUAGUAUUUAUCUCUGUUUCUCUGUGAGUAGUCUGACAGUAUUAUCUCUGUUCCCUGUGAGUACUCUGACACUUAGUAUUUAUCUCUGUUUCUCUGCGAGUACUCUGACACUUAUUAUUAUCUCUGUUCCCUGUGAGUACUCUGACACUUAGUAUUUAUCUCUGUUUCUCUGUAAGUACUCGGACACUUAAUAUUAUCUCUGUUCCCAGUGAGUACUCUGACACUUAGUAUUUAUAUCGGUUCCCUGUGAGUACUCUGACACUUAGUAUUAUCACUGUUCCAUGUGAGUACUCUGACACUUAGUAUUAUCUCUGUUCCCAGUGAGUACUCUGACACUUAGUAUUUAUCUCGGUUCCCUGUGAGUACUCUGACACUUAGUAUUAUCUCUUUUCCCUGUGAGUACUCUGACACUUAGUAUAUAUCUCUGUUCCCUGUGAGUACUCUGACACUUAGUAUUUAUCUCUGUUCCCUGUGAGUACUCUGACACUUAGUAUUAUCUCUGUUCCCUGUGAGUACUCUCACACUUAGUAUUUAUCUCUGUUUCUCUGUGAGUACUCUGACACUUAGUAUUUAUCUCUGUUCCCUGUGAGUACUCUGACACUUAGUAUUUAUCUCUGUUCCCUGUGAGUACUCUGACACUUCGUAUUUAUCUCUGUUCCCUGUGAGCACUCUGACACUUAGUAUUUAUCUCUGUUCCCUGUGAGCACUCUGAAACUUAGUAUUUUGUAGGCUCCUAAUUAGAUCAGAUUAGCUCCUGAACUGGUGCUUUUGGCUCCUAACCUUUGAUAGUCACUGAUGUGAGCUCUGAUGAAAAACAUCGGGAGACGGCCAAGUCCUGAGACCAGACAUGUUUAAUUCAUAGCUCCCAGUUUCAUUCAUACACAGUGCGCAUACAUUACACAGCACAUACAGGUACAAUGUCACUAAUGUGUGGCGAUGUGUGCUGGCAGUUUACGAAUAAACAGGAAUCUGAGUCAUAUCUUCAUACGAUUACAGUAUCAGAAACGCACAUUGGACAGGACACUUGUGUACGGUGGAGAAAUUCAGUUAUGCCAAAUCAAUUCAUUUGAAAAAAAAAUUUUAUGUGUGUCGGGAAUUGUCGGUGUGGCGAUUCAGUUAAGAUACAUUUUGUCCAUGAUUGACAAAAUGGUGAAGUAAAAAAAUAAAUAAAAAUAAAUCUAUAUUUGUAUAUUAGAUUAAAUGGCACAUUUGCAUGCAUUGUCAGUUCAAUUUGUUUUGUGAUUCGUCCAUAUAGCGGUUCACGAUUUGGAUAGUUUGGACAAAUCACUAUAUGUGUGAAGAUGGCUGAAUGUCUAUUGGGCAAAGCCAAUCAGCUGGCACUACAAAUGGGUCUACUUGUGCUGUUAGCAUGAAUGUUUGUGCACUUUGCCAACUCCAUAUUCAGUCUUUUCAGGUCUUCGAUGGUUCACCAUUAACAAAAAAGGGACACUCCAGACCUCUAAAGUACUUUAACUUGCUAAAGUGCUUUAUGUGUAAAGAGUAUGUCCUCUGUUUCAUUUUACAGAAAGUGUAGAUUUCGUUAGAAAAGGACACUUAUAGAAAUUAACCCUGUUACACCCUCCUGACUGUCAAUCAGAAAACUGCUCCUGUUACUUCCUGGUUAGGUUAGCUCAGUGGAGAUAAACUCAAGAGGCAGCAAUUGCCCAGAGCUACAUUGGGAAGUCUGUGAUUGGACAGCCACAGAAAGUAUGGGCAGGGUUAGAAGGGGAGGGCUUGUAAAGGCAAAGACUAGUUGUUUUUAGGUGUGUAUAUGUAUCUUUUCAUUGGAGAUAUCUACUAAACAGUGAUUUAUUUAUAUUUGGACAGUGGAGUGUCCCUUUAAUGACUGUUAACACAAUUCAUUCUGCAUCCCAGUUCAACUCUCUCAUUGGUCUUUGUACCAAUCUCAUAAUAUCAGGGUAAAUUCUCAGGGUCAUGGGGUGAAUAGACCGUAUUGUGCCCAUCUCUUAUUGGCUUUCUCCCUGUGUUUAACAAACAGUUUAGUAUUCCAUUUCCUGCAGAGUGUAAGUCUUAGUAAGUGGUAAUGUGCAUAGAAGGGUACAUAAGAGUAUAUAGAAGUUGUGAUACAUAAAACAUAUUUUCCACUUGCCGUGGAGUGGGUUAUAUUGCUUUCCUGUUUAUGAAGCAGUAACAGUUAAUUCAGAAAGUUAUAUGGAUUGCAAUGAAGGGUUGAUAUUUCUGGAAAUCUUUGAGUAUUUAGACUGGUCCAAGAUCUGUGGGAGCAAACGUGGAUUAUUAUGUCCUCAUUUCCUCGUAACUGAAAAUAAUUCUUACCUAUAUGAAUGUGCUAAAAUACGUUCUUUCUCCUUUAAAUUAGUGUGGAGGCAACACUCACAAAGCCCAGCCGACAUGUUCUAAUGAUGUUGGUAAUUGUAGAUGGGAGAAGAUAAGACAUUGAUGGUUGUCCAUCCCACAGAUCACAAUCUCUACAUAAAUAGAUGCGUUUACAGCUUCAUUUGUGUUAUUUGUACAGGACCCAAAAUUGUCUAAAUUCAUCGUAAUAAAUAAAUCCAUUCCAAAAUGAGAAGCAGAGGGAGGCAGUUAGGGGUUUCAGUUUUAUGAUCGCGUAUCUGCUGUCUGCCUGAAAAUCUCCAACAUAUUGCAAAGUAAUGACCGGCUGGAAUUCUUGGCAGCAAUUUGCACAAUCCAGAAAUUCAGAAUAAAUCGCAGGGUAUCCUUGAAAUCUAUCUGCGUUCGAUCAGCCGCCAAGCUUGGGCUUACAGGCCAAGCAGCUCCCGCAGAAAGCGUACAGCGUGCAAUUCAGCCUGCAGUGCACAAGGUUUUGUUGUUGCAUUUGAUGUGGUCUGUCGAGAUAGUUUGUGGUCUGUGAUGCUUCUCAGAUGACAAGAGGAGCGGAAACUGGAUUUCCUCUUUAACUGGUUCACUAAAACUCUCAAUCCCAAGGCUAGAUCCUCGUGUUUGGAUUAGGACCUGCGAGAGUUAACGCUAACCUCUGCACGGCACGCUGCUGACAAAACGCUCUAACAAAAAUAAACGCCUCCGGGGUCUCAAAACAAUAUGGGAAUUAGAGUUCACAAAUAACUACUGUCCCAGUUUAGAAUUCCAGAUACAGCCUGAUAUGCAAAUGAACCCAGUUCAAUAAUGAUUCAUUAAUUUGCAUAUCACUAAACAAUAUCUAGCCGACAGACUCCCUGUGAUCUGAUUAAUCUGAAAUAAGACGGCAGAUGGUUCAGUUUUAAACCUGACUUCACAUUUUUAUUGUGUGUAGCCUGUUAGUAAAGAAUAAAAGGCGUUCUUUUACGGUCACUCUAGUUUGAUUUUAUUUUCUUAGAAAGAGCUGUGCGCUAAAGUGCAAUUUGCUAAGAAUUCAAAGUGAGGAUAAAAUUUCAAAUUUACUUUGAAUUCCUGACAAUUCACCCUUUAGUGAAUAAUUAUGUUAGGUUGCAUACUUAGUUUAAAGUGACGGUCUAAGUAUGAAUGUCAUAUUAUCGCUGCCUUUGUCCCUGUUGACUUGUAAAUAAAACCAAUGUGGUUUCAUUUAGCAGAAUCAUUUCCUGGACUGGAAAUGAUUCUGGUUUUUGAAUCAUUUUGACGUCCAGUGUCAGCAUGCAAAGAUUUAAAGGACCACUAUAGUGCCAGGAAAACAUACUCGUUUUCCUGGCACUAUAGUGCCCUGAGGGUGCCCCCACCCUCAGGGACCCCCUCCCGCCCGGCUCUGGAAAGGGGAAAGGGGUUAAAACUUACCUUUUUCCAGCGCUGGGCGGGGAGCUCUCCUCCUUCUCUCCUCCUCCGAUCCUCCUCCUGGGCUGAAUGCGCACGCGCGGCAAGAGCUGCGCGCGCAUUCAGCCUGUCGCAUAGGAAAGCAUUUACAAUGCUUUCCUAUGGACGCUUGCGUGCUCUCACUGUGAAAAUCACCGUGAGAAGCACGCAAGCGCCUCUAGUGGCUGUCAAUGAGACAGCCACUAGAGGAUUAGGGGGAAGGCUUAACCCAUUCAUAAUUAUAGCAGUUUCUCUGAAACUGCUAUAAUUAUGAAAAAAUGGGUUAACCCUAGAAGGACCUGGCACCCAGACCACUUCAUUAAGCUGAAGUGGUCUGGGUGCCUAGAGUGGUCCUUUAACUGCGGAUCACGAUUGCCGUGCCUGCAACAUGUUUUCUCAAUGUUUCACUAUUAGUAGCAUCUUAUUGGACAAAAGUAAAGGGUCUUGAUGACAUCACGGGAGGAGGAUUGGGCUGCAGUGAGGAGUCUGUCGCUGCGCUGGAAUAGAUGUAAGUUUUAUGGCUUUUUACAUUUUUUUUAAAUUAAAAAAUGUAGGGCCCAUCAAUAUAAAAUAAUUAAGAAAACUUUCACAAUGUAAAAUAAUAUGGCGUAUUAUUAGAGUGUUCCUUUAAAAACUGUCAGGAUCAAUAGGAAGAGUUCGACAUUGCUCUCUGGGUUCAGACAAUUAUUUGAAGUGUAGUCCAUAAAUUUCAAAACCUUUCAAGGCAAAAAAUAGCAAUUCUGGGGCAAAGGGGUAAAUGCUGUAAGAUAUACCACUGGUUUCCAAGGUGACUGCUACUUUUUUAGCACGUGGAUCCAAACUACCACCUGUUUUUACUUUGAUAAAUAUAGCCUUAAGUGUUUUUUGUUUUUAAUGCAUGAAUAAUUAUUUAAAGUGAAACUAUCGCCUUGUUACAACCUAUAAAUAAACUCAACAUGUUCAGAAACGUGCCCUAACAUGUCUUUGGGAUGAAAAUGCUGCUGUUGGACAUAACUUUUCUCUUACUUCAGUAAACUCCAGAAAACUUUUUUUCCACUUCUGGCAACUUUCCCAGAUUUUAACGAGCAGUCCCUGCUUUAUAUUCCAUGUCGCACGAAUCUGCUUUUCGUCCCAAGUUUUAAUAUUGGAAUUGUGACCUCACACAGUGAAUGUUAACAGGUUCACGAAUCUCUCAUUCCGUGAUGGAGUCUGUCUCACACGCUGCGAGGGAGGGUCUCGAGUCACAGUUGACUGUUAUUUUGUUUAUUAUGGUAUUUCCUUCACUUCUGCUAAAUAAAAUAAGUCCUAAUUCGAACAGAAAACAAACUAUUUGUAAAGGAGUUUCUUACAGUGCUCCUGUCUUGCUGAAGGUCUACAAUAGUCUCUUAGAGAUACCUCCUAUUAAAGAUUUUGAAAUACGUAUUAUAAAUGACUAUUAACUCAAUAAUAUGCCUGUGAGAGACACUGGGUAUUUGAUAAAAGGGAAAUAUCAGAUAAGUCCCACAUAGGGCGAGAGAGACGGACGAGGGACGCAGGAUUGGAGUGAGGAAGAAGCAAAAGGGGGGAGGCAUGGGUAAUUAACAUGUAUUUAGGGUUUAUACGGAGAAAGACAUUUGUAAGAACCAUAAGGAAAGGUUCAAGAAAUAGAGGUGACAGGCAUCGGGGUCAGUGGGCAUGGUAGGAGUUUCAUGGUUUGAGGGUAUGGGGAUAGACACAGGGGUUGGGGAUAGAAGAAGACACACAGAGGCUGGAAGUCAUUAGGAGAGACAGGGGUCACGGGGCAUUGGAAAACACAACUGGUCGGAGGCAUGGGAUGUACACAGGGUUAAAGAGCAUGGAGGGUACACAGGGGUUGGGGGCAUGGGAAGUACAUGGGGUCAAGGGCAUGAGGAUACAUAGGUGUCUGGGGCAUGGGAAGUACACGGGGUUAGGGACAUGAGAAAUAUGCAGUGGUAGGGGGGCAUAGGAAGUACACGGGGUUAUGGGUAUGGGAAGUACAUACGAGUAGGGGCAUUGGAACUACACAGGGUUAGGUGCAUGGGAGGUACCCAGAGGUAGGGGGGCAUGUGAAGCGCACAGGGGUCGGGACAUGGGAAGCACACAGGGAUAAGGGGACAUGGGAAGUAUACAUGGGUCAGGGCAUGGGAAGUAUACAGGGGUCAGGGCAUGGGCAGUACACAGGAGUUGGGGGGCAUGGGAAGAACACGGGGCAUAGAUCAAGGGUGAGACAUGGUGAUGAGGGGUAUGGGCACAUUGAAUGGACAGGGAGAGGCACAAGAUGGUGGAUGCACUGGAGAAAUAUUGACUAGGGAUAGCAGAGGAAGUGAAAUGGCAAUGUUUCCUUGUAGUUGCAAUAUAACUCGUGGUGAGAUAAUCUGCGUGGGCUUCGAUGGGCAGAGAGAGGUCAUCAUUCUUCUCAUACAUCAAGGAGGUACAAUGUUUUAUUUAAAUAAACAAUUAGCGGAGAGAACUUAAUAAAAAAAAACAAUGCUGUGACAUAGACCAGCCAUGAUUCUCCUGGAUAUGGGAUGUAAAAUUUCAUCUACGUAUCGUGUAUCUACUUUACUAACAGAUGGAUUGACAAGAUUUACAUCCAUCUUUUUAUAUCUCCCUAUAAUCCCAAAUUUCAGAGGGAGAAAUUUCCUGGUUUCCAACUUCUGUUGAGUUUAACACUGCACUGUGCAUGUGUAGCCCUUAGUGGGGCCUGUCAGGUCUAUCACCAACCCCUGUCCACCCCGUCCUGACUUCACACCUCAUUAUGUUGGGUGCUGUAUGAAUUGGCUGACACAGACAAAGUGCUGCGGUCUCAGCUUGUGGUUAGUUUGUCAGAGGAGUCACACAGAACGGUGUACAUAUAGGUGUGUAACCUUUACUGCUAAGUACAAAGAUGAGAAUUAUUGAAUAAUUUAAUAACUUCUCAUCUAUGCAUUAGCGAGCAAUUUAGUAGAUUUCAUACACUUAAAGUGACCAUGUUUGCUGUAGUGGGUACAUGUGAUUCCCUGUGUGGCUUCCCACCAUGCGCUAGUUUAUAUGGAUGCCGUGCACUGCAUUGUGGGAGCAGGUUGAUUUGCAUGCUGCCCUCACCGCAAUGCUGGAGGCAUGCCCCAGGUAUUAUAUCAAUGAAUCUAUAUUUCACCUGAUCGCGAUCUUUAAAGACAUAGAGGUUUCCUCAGUAAACUGUGAGAUGUUAAUAUUUUAUAAACAGGUUGCCUGAUGUACACCUAAAUGGCUAUAUUUACCUAAACUUGCAUUAGUCAGCUUUCCAUUAUUCACUAUUUAGGAAAUAACCCCUUCAUUAAAAUUAAAAAUGGGCUUCUCCCUUUCUUCACCAUUAACGCCCUGUUUCGAGGUCCCACACAUUCUAGGGAAGGUAGCGUUCAAUGCUAAUGCUGCACAUUACAAAAUCUCUGCGCACAGUUUGCCAUAAAGAGAUUUCUUGUUUCCCACUUAGAGAUUGAUUUUGAACUUUUAAUUCAUUUAGAAAACCCCGAAUGCGUGCAGAGGGGGUGUUAACGCUUUGAAUAGUAGGGAGUCUGUGCCACACAUAGUGGAGCUAUGUGGCAUUCACGCCUUUGACCCUAUAGAGUUAAUGUUAAAAGCACCAUGCAGUUUCUUUAAAAAGAUUUGUCAUUGCAGAUCACUCCCCAAAAUUGGCUCCCAAAAGUGUUCUUUAAUCCCAUGACAAAGACUCCAGUGAACUGACGCAGCAUCCAUUCUGCCCUCCCACCCCCUACCUGUGCGGCUAUAGUUUCAGAGUCAGUCGGUUCCCAGACAAAGCGUCCAGCCCGCCCCAGAACAUUUCAUUAUUUUUGGAAAGGGGACGUCCCUUUUUCCUAUUACAGCCUUGUGGGAAAUACAAUAGCCCAGACAUUGGGUGGCCCUCAUAUUUCCUCUGUGGCAAUUAACUGUGUCACUGCUGAACGUGCUGAUAGUUAAAGCCACAAUAUAUAUUUAGUUAACGUGCUGAGUUCCAGGAGUUAAGAAACCAGACUUUCUAUAUCAAAGAAUACACUUUAAAAUAGAAAUAAAAAAUUCAUGAGCAUAUUAAAGCAAAUGAUAUAUCCAGAGCAGUGAAGCACAACUAUUUGUUCCAUUUAUUAAAUCUUAGCUUUGAUAAUCACAUUUAAAUGCUCAAACUUGAGAAGACUGUUUGAAUUACACUGCAUUUUGAAACCUGACUGGCAUGAUUUGUAUAUCUAAUCGGAAUUUGGCUAACAGAUUUCAGUUUAAUCAUUAAACAGGACUUUUGGAGAAUUGAUAAGGCAUUGAGCAUUGACGUUAGGAUUUAAAUACAGUCCUUGAUAUCAGAGACCAUUUAAACUUUGACCAAAAAUGUUGCAGUUAGCGGUUUAUUCAUUAAACACAGGAUUGUAGUGAAGUGAAAACUGAAUUGAAAAACUGGAUACAAAAAUAACUGUUUUGGAAAAACUCCCCAACUGAGCAACAGACAGAACCUAACUAGUUCAGGCUAAAUAUUGCAAUUUAUUUUUCUGUCUGUCUUACAGCGUUAUUUAUGAAAAUGUAAAUUGUUGGGAAUUUGGCAGAGAAUAGAGGGACAGGCUAUGUACCACAAUCAUUUCAUUUUAAGGGGUUACUCCAAGCACCAUGACCACUUCCGUGAUUUGAAGUGGUUAUAGUAUCUGGUGUUUGUGUGUGCAUGGUUUCACUAUGAAACUCUGCUCAUACGGAGAUUAACCCCUCUGCUGGUAGGGGUGUAACUCCGCCUCCGGUAGCAUCAUCGGGCAUCAUUAACCAGCACAGAACAAGAGUCCAAAAUGGCGUCAGAAGCCAGAGCGUACAUCAUGUUGGUGCCAGACCACCAAUGAUGAUGACAUGCUCCCCCUUCUGUGUCACCCAUCCUGCCCUCAGCCUGCAUUCCCUGAUCUUGCGUUUUUUAAAGUUAGGUGGGCAGACCAUUUAGGAAGAUUUUCUAAAACCACAGUUUUUGGUUGGAGUAACCCUUUAAUGAAAUUAUUUUGGGGUAUGGAUGGAACCCCCAAAGCCAUUUUAGAGAUUUUUCAUACAUACCAGCGACUAUUGGACAGACAGACAGCCAUUAGGGGCAGUUAUGCAAUCUAUUUUCCAUCCAUGGGGUUCCAGAAGCCUUUGCUUUUCACACAGUUUAUGAAAUAUCAUUUAUUCCCGUAAAACUGAAUUUGUGAAAGCUAUCACCUUUCACAUGCUACAGUGGGUGCAGUGGGCAAAAAAACUAUUUCACAGCUGGCCUUCUCUCCCAUAUUCUACUGGUAGUUUUCAGGAGUUUUCUUUUUAAAUGUUAUGGUUAAAAAAAUUUAUGCAAAAUAGAAACAAAUAUAUUUUUAACCAUCUCUUCUUUUGAAAUGAUUUUUCAGGACUCCAUCUACUUUUUGUUUUUAAACGAUCUAACUGAACAUUUCUUGUAACUUUAUAAGGUACUCUAUAAAUCAGCAAGGUGUUUUAUUUUGCAAACUAAUUACCACAGGCUGAAUACAUUAUUUUACCCCAUGGAUCUCUGUGAUACAUUCAGACACACUGUGGAGCUCUGUGAUACAUUCAGACACACUUUACAUCACUGUGAGUUUUAUUGCUGUGGAGCUCUGUGAUACAUUCAUCCACACUGUAAAUCACUGUGAGUUUUAUAGCUGUGGAGCUCUGUGAUACAUUCAUACACACUGCCCAUUACUGUGAGUUUUAUUGCUGUGGAGCUCUGUGAUACAUUCAUACACACUGCACAUUACUGCGAGUUUUAUUGCUGUGGAGCUCUGUGAUACAUUCAUACACACUGCACAUUACGGUGAGUUUUAUUGCUGUGGAGCUCUGUGAUACAUUCAUACACACUGCACAUUACUGUGAGUUUUAUUGCUGUGGAGCUCUGUGAUACAUUCAUACACACUGCACAUUACUGCGAGUUUUAUAGAUGUGGAGCUCUGUGAUACAUUCAUACACACUGCACAUUACUGUGAGUUUUAUUGCUGUGGAGCUCUGUGAUACAUUCAUACACACUGCACAUUACGGUGAGUUUUAUUGCUGUGGAGCUCUGUGAUACAUUCAUACACACUGCACAUUACUGCGAGUUUUAUAGAUGUGGAUCUCUGUGAUACAUUCAUACACACUGCACAUUACUGCGAGUUUUAUUGCUGUGGAGCUCUGUGAUUAAUACACACUGCACAUUACUGUGAGUUUUAUUGCUGUGGAGCUCAGUGAUACAUUCAUACACACUGCACAUUACUGCGAGUUGUAUUUCGGUGGAGCUCUGUGAUACCCUCAUACACACUGCACAUUACUGUGAGUUUUAUUGCUGUGGAGCUCAGUGAUACAUUCAUACACACUGCACAUUACUGCGAGUUGUAUUUCGGUGGAGCUCUGUGAUACAUUAAUACACACGAAACGUUCUGGCCUCCUAGGAAGGAACAUUGAGUUUUAGAUCCCAAAGAAAUACACACUGAAAAUAUGUUGCUGCAUUAUCCUCCAUUACAUUAAGCAUUAGGUUUUCCUACACAGAAAGUAUUCCUACUUUAAAUCCAAGUUAAAAUAUGAUUAUCCUGUUUUGUCAGUCAGCCUAACUGUUGUAUUUCAACAGAAAGGUCAACCAUAUUUAUUUCUUUUAUAAAUGUUGAAGUAACUGCUGCCAUCUGAAAUAGCCUUCCAGCGGGAGCAGUAAAGGCUAACGUGAUGUAGAAAGGGUAGUAGAUACAUGGAAUAACCUUCUAGUGAAAGCAGUAACAGUGAUACAGAAAGGGUAGUAGAUACCUGGAAUAGCCUUCCAGUGGAAGCAGUAACAGUGAUAUAGAAAGGGUAGUAGAUACCUGGAAUAGCCUUCCAGUGGGAGCAGUAACAGUGAUAUAGAAAGGGUAGUAGAUACCUGGAAUAGCCUUCCAGUGGGAGCGGUAACAGUGAUAUAGAAAGGGUAGUAGAUACCUGGAAUAGCCUUCCAGUGGGAGCGGUAACAGCGAUAUAGAAAUGGUAGUAGAUACCUGGAAUAGCCUUCCAGUGGGAGCAGUAACAGUGAUAUAGAAAGGGUAGUAGAUACAUGGAAUAGCCUUCCAGUGGGAUCAGUAACAGUGAUAUAGAAAGGGUAGUAGAUACCUGGAAUAGCCUUCUAGUGAAAGUAAAGGCUGACAGUGAUAUAGAAAGGAUAGUAGAACAUGGAUAGGGGAGGAAACCCGUAGUGUGUCUCUGUCAAUCUAUGAGCAGAAUUCUCCUGUCUUUCUAACUGAUGAGUCGCUUCUAAUGGUCCAAACAGUCAGAAUUCCCAGACUGUCUCUAUAGCAACUACAGGGGCUACAGACUAAUACAUAACACAGGUCCGCUCAGUAUCCUGAGAAUCCCAGUGGGAACUGCCCGGCCCCUCUGUGACUAAACUGCAUGGCCCUCGCUCACCGACUUUCUACUAAUUAUAAAUCUAUAAAUCUAAUUUGGUCACUGACCUUCACUUACCUCCAGAGUAAGUCUGUGCUUGUCCCCCUACAUGUCAUUAAAAUCCCUUAAAGUACUGUUCAAUAGCAUCUCUGCUGGAAGAUGACUCCAUGUCACUGACACUUUUUCUGCUGUGGCAUAAGGGACAGAGAUGAAUGAAUUGAUAAAUAAGCCGUUUUACACAUAUUUGGAUUGAUCUGCAUUGUCUAUGCUUUUAACGCACCCCUUCCUAAAAAAGGUGUGACGUUACCGAACAGUAACUGCCUCUACGUAACAAAUAUAUUUUCAGAAUAUGAAUUUCUUACACCCGUAGUUGGGAUAGAAUCUCUGUAUUGAGUACUUGCAGAGAAUAUGCUACGUUGUUUAUCAAACUGGUUCAAUGAUUACCUCUUACAACAGUGAAAGUAUUAAUCAGUCAAUGGAAUAGGUAUCGUAGUAUUUAUGUCACCUAGCGUCUUCUGGUGCUGUCCCUGAUUUAACAUCAAAUCAUUGGUAUAAAUUGGCACUUUUACUGGGGAACCCCUUCUAUCUGCAAUGAUCGCACAGAAUUCACACUUCCAUAAUGUCAGUUUCAUCAAAACUAGACGACAUGAUUGACAGCUCUGAGCUAUCCUGUCCCUCCCCCUGCGCUCUCACCCAAUCACUGCCAUCCAGACCGGACAAAGAUGUCAUUGAUUAUGCAUUGACAAUAAGGUGAGGAGGUCCCAGAAAGCAGACAAAUGUCCCCGUUUAAAUCAAGAUGUUUGUAAAUGGUUUGAUAUUAAUACAGGGCACUGUGCCAGGAGACCUUGGUAAAUUAUUGUAAUGAAGUUACUUCUCACACAGUAACCUGCAAUAUCCAGCUUUUAAGGACACUCUAAGCACCAUAACCACUUCAGCACACUCUAGUACCCUUUGCCCCCGCCCCCAUGUUUGUAGUAAAUCCAUCUUAAAACAGUUUGACGUCUUACCUGGGGCGGCCUGGGCACCACUCGUACCUCUCUGCAUACUCCAGGAGAGCCUGGACAUCCCAUACAACAUCACUCGAUGCCGGGUGUUUUCAGUGGUGCUGGUCUGCACUGCAGCCAUCUUGGGCUCUUGUCUGUUUUGGAGCAAUUUAGCCUUCAGUCUCCCCUUUUGAUUGUGAAAUGCCCCGACCCUUUACAUUCUAGUCAGACGAAUGACUCAACCAGUCCAGGAUGUCACACUUUUUUGGCUCUUUGCUACUAAGUUACUUAAGCAACAUUUUUGGAGUCACUUUCCAAAUAGAUCCGGGCAGAACAGAGGCACUGGUUUAAAUCUGAGACUCUUUGAAAAUCCAUCCUGCUGUGAUAUAAAUCUCUAAAAUAAAGGGUGUUAUUUCUAAUAUUGCUCAUUGGAUAAAGCACGUAUUCUAUAUGGAGUAAGAUCUGUUCCCGUUCAGUGACCCCUGAUAAACCCAAAGUAACAGGAACGAUGCAGCCAAGUAUGUCGACGUCUAAUCUUGUGGUACUUGCGUGAAAUAAGAGAACAUCUCAUUUUUGGUAUUCCUACAGGGAAACACAGUGAAUUCUGUGGAUAUUACCCAUUACAAACCCUCCCUUCCUUAGGAAAUCCCUCAUUCUGUGUCUGUCUAUGUUUAAAUCUGAGUUUAGCCUUAAAUCACCACUGACUGUGCAAUGCACAUCUGGUAGAGGAAACCAGACCAUUCCAUAAAAUAGUGAGGAAAUAUAUUUUCAGCCUUUACAUCAUCUGCAUGACAAUUCAUUUAAAAAAUUGCGUUAUAAAAGGGAAUCUAUAGUCUUGAAAAUAACAAUCAUUAUUUUGGGACUAAGGCUUCCCCACCCACCCUCCCCUCCCUUUAUGUCUACCUUUUUUAUGUUUAUACAUUUAAGUUUUGUGAUGGACCACCUGGCAAUCGUUUUUCCUAGUACUCACCAUCAGCACCGUAGUCCCCACGUCCAGCGUCCCAGUUACUUGGCUGGGAACUUUCCAUCCUCCACCCACCCUGGACCCAGGACCCAGAUCUGUUCAGGGUUCGGGAAUUUUCUGGAAAUCGUUUAUUUGACCGACCGCACGCAUGGUCCCAUGCCCAAAAUAGUUCCAGAGAAUCUGGGCUUGCGGUCAGUCUAGUUCAGUAGUUUAAAAACAAAUAAACUACCAAACAGAGUCAAUGUUCUUACCCUGGAGCUUGUUCCCCUCAUCCAGACGAACGAUCCCAUUAGAAGUGCCCUUCUAACUUGUAUAGAACCGAACGCAGACGAUGAUAGAAGUCCAGCGGUGUUCGGGAGUUCCUGUGUCCGAUUUUAGUUUCAUAAGAUUCAUGCUCAAACACCGCUGCCUGCGUUCAUGCGAACAACAUGGCCGCCAGCUCGUGGUAGUCCAUAGGAAUUGCGGCCACCCAGACAAACAAUUAAAACACUGCGGUGAGAAACGUUCCAAGUUUUUAAUAGGUGUUAACACGCUCCUGGGUGGUCCCUGGUUCUUGUGGUUGUUCGGUAGUCGAACGGGACAAUGUUAAAAUAGAAGGGGAAUGCAAACAGAUAGCCAAGAAGGCACGAACAAGGUCUUUUAUGAGCCUUUGUGCAUGGCCCAGAGUCCUGAGGCAGCAGGCUGGCAAACAGGCUCCUCCAUGUAGAGAGGUUACUUUCACCACAAGUUUAAAAUGUUUACUCACCACGUUUCCAGUGCCUGGACUCAAAGUCAACAUCACUGAGGAUAUCUUACUCAUUUGCUUCUUGUAGAGAAACUGUGGAUUGGAAGUACACAUGCUCAGCAUUUGAUUCCCAUGCCAAGUUUUACUCGGUCUGGAGGAAGAAGCACCUGUAGUGGCUGUCAGGAUAAUGGCCACUAGAUGUGUAUUUAAAACAAUACAAAAUAUAAAUACAAGUUGCACCAAAUAAAAAGUCCACUCAGAUAUCAAAUGCUUGGAAUAUUCUUUGCUUGUAACCAUCAACAUCCAGACUUCAGGUAAUUGGAGAUAUAUGUAAUAACCAAAGAUGGUGCGCAGUAUCUAGUGUUAGGUGCAGGACACACAAGAAGAAAAUAUAUGGUAUAGCACUCACUUUUGAUAGAGCUUUAACCCCUUAAGGACACAUGACAUGUGUGACAUAUCAUGAUUCCCUUUUAUUCCAGAAGCUUGGUCCUUAAGGGGUUAAAACCAGCUCUGAGUAAACCAGCAUACAGCGGUAUAAUCCCCACUGAUGUAUAUGUCGCUCCACAAGUCCAUUUCUCAGUACAUAGAUGAAUAUGUAAAAAAUAUAAAGGUAAACAAUAGUGCUCACUGUAAAAUAUACAGUUAUCAGUUAAAUAAUAAGAAUAAUCUACUCACAUUUAGCAGAGCAGUAGAUGCCGCUCAGGUAUUAGCACUUGGGUGGUACAACCCAGGGAUAUAAUGUUGAGUAGAUCCUCCAAGGAAUAAUCCUUCCAUGGUGUUAGUGACAGGUAAGUACUUUGACAAUUUUAGCGUGCCAGGAACAAUAGUAAAUUUAAAAAAAUAAAAAUAAAAAAACAAACUUAAAAGCAUAAAAAAGUAUAAUAAAUAGUGAGAAGCAUAAAGUAAGUGAAUGGCAAAUAUACUUUCAUGUUUAAAACAAGUUAUUAAAACAACACAACACAUUUAGCCAACUGGCGGGCUUUUUUUAAGAGGUGGGUUUAACCCUGCAAUAUGAACAUUGCAUUUUCUACUAAACUACAAUGUUUUACAUUGCAGGCUUAAAAUGCCAGGACCACUUUGAGAUGAAGUGAUCUGGAUGACUAUAGUGUUUCUUUAAAAUAUGGUUUUCUUUAAACCCAUCUUCAUCUGCUGUACAUGUUUACAUGGGUUGGUGUGAUGGCCAUUGAGUGGAAAUUUUUGGUCCUAUUUCAGCUCCAUCUCCUGACUCUGAUGUCCAUAGCCGCUCGGAUUUAUAAGCACCCAAGUCUCCGGAACUCAGUCAGUCUGGUGGUGGUCAAAGUUCUUGUGGUCGAAGAGGAGGAUGUUGGCCCUGACAUCUCAGAUAAUGGCGGUCUUACACUACGAAACUUUUGUAAUUGGCAGCAGAGUUUUAACCCACCAAAUGAUCGUCAUUCUGAACACUACGACACUGCUAUCCUGCUUACCCGACAGGUACAUGAGGCACUGUCAAUCCUCCCAGUGUUUGUCUUUCUUGUGCAGAAGUCAUAUAGAGCUAUUCUUCGUAGCUCGGUAUUACUAUUAGACUUGUGCAAAGUUUGUGUAAGUAGAUGUCUGAAUAUAAUUUCCUGGUGACUGUCGAAAAAAUUAAUUCAAAAUCGUUUUACCUGUACAGGUAAGAAUGAGAAUUGGUUCAUUCUGGUAUCAAUUAGCAAGCAUUUGAUUUGGACGAAUAAGUUUAAAAUCUAUGAUGUAAACAAGCAAAAUAAAUAAAUCUUGAAAAGUAUUACAAGAGAUGUUUACAUGUGAUACUCGAAAAAUUAGAAUAUCGUGCAAAAGUUCAUUUAUUUCAGUAAUGCAACAUAAAAGGGGAAACUAAUAUAUGAGAUAGACGCAUUACAGGCAAAGCAAGAUAGUUCAAGCCGUGAUUUGUCAUAAGUGCGAUGAUUAUGGCUGACAGCUCAUGAAAACCCCAAAUCCACAAUCUCAGUAAAUUAGAAUAUUACAUGCAAUCAAUAAAACAAGGAGUGUACAUAGAACAAUAUCAGACCUCUGAAAAGUCUAAGCAUGCAUUUGGACUCAGUACUUGGUUUGGGCCCCUUUUGCAGCAAUUACUGCCUCAAUGUGGCAUGGCAUGGAAGCUAUUAUUAUUAUUGCGAUUUAUAUAGCGCCAACAGAUUCCGUAGUGCUUUACAAUAUUAUUAGAGGGGGGAUUUGACUAUAAAGGAUAAUUACAAAAAAACUUACAGAAACGAAGGGUUGAAGAGGGCCCUGCUCAAACGAGCUUACAGUCUAUAGCUAUCAGCCUGUGGCACUGCUGAGGUGUUAUGGAAGACCAGGAUGCUUGAAUAGCGGCCUUCAGCUCUUCUGCAUUGUUCGGUCUCAUGUCUCUCAUCUUUCCCUUGGCAAUGCCCCAUAGAUUCUCUAUGGGGUUCAGGUCAGGCGAGUUUGCUGGCCAAUCAAGCACAGUAAUCCCACGGUCAUUGAACCAGGCUUUGGUGCUUUUGGCAGUGUGGGCAGGUGCCAAAUCCUGCUGGAAAAUGAAGUCAGCAUCCCUAUAAAGCUCAUCUGCGGAAGGAAGCAUGAAGUGCUCCAAAAUCUCCUGGUAGACGGCUGCGUUGACCCUGGAAUUAAUGAAGCACAGUGGACCAACACCAGCAGAUGACAUGGCUCCCCAAAUCAACACAGACUAUGGAAACUUCACACUGGACUUCAAGCAUCUUGCAGUGUGUGCCUCUCCAAUCUUCCUCCAGACUCUGGGUCCUUGGUUUCCAAAUGAGAUGCAAAAGUUGCUCUCAUCAGAAAAGAGGACUUUGGACCACGGAGCAACAGACCAAGUAUGUUUUUCUUUAGCCCAGGUAAGACGCUUCUGACGUUGUUUGUUGUUCAAGAGCGUCUUGACAAGAAGAAUAUGACAUCUGAAGCCCAUGUUCAGGAUCCGUAUGUGUGGUGGUGGCUCUUGAUGCACUGACUCCAGCCUCAGUCCACUCCUUGUGAAAGUCCCCAACACUUUUGAAUGGCCUUUUCCUGACAAUCCUCUCCAGGCUGCGGUCAUCCCUGCUGCUUGUGCACCUUUUUCUUCCACACUUUUCCCUUCCACAUAACUUUCUAUUAAUGUGCUUUGAUACAGCACUUUGGCAACAUCCAACUUCCUUUGCAAUUACCUUUUGAGGCUUUCCCUCCUUAUGGAGGAUGUCAAUGAUGGUUUUCUGCACAACUGUCAGGUCAGCAGUCUUCCCCAUGAUUGUGAUUCCUACUGAACCAGACUGAGAGAAACCCUUUGCAGGUGUUAUGGCUUACUUGGCUGAUUAGAGUGGGACACUGUGAGCCUAGAAUAUUGCACCUUUUCACAAAAUUCUAAUUUAUUGAGAUUGUGGAUUUGGGGUUUUCAUGAGCUGUAAGCCAUAAUCAUCGCACUUAUGACAAAUCACGGCUUGAACUAUCUUGCUUUGCAUGUAGUGCGUCUAUCUCAUAUAUUAGUUUUCCCUUUUACGUUGCAUUACUGAAAUAAAUUAAACUUUUGCACAAUAUUCUAAUUUUUCGAGUAUCACCUGUAUACACUGACAACAUAAUAAUUAACAAAUAAAUCUCAGCUAAAGACUACAAUACCAUUAUAAAAUAUUUAGAAAGUCUAGCUUUGUGCAUUGGGUAAAUAAGAGAGAGAGGGAAAACAAUAGAACAUGACGGGCAAUCUAUGGUUUUCAGAAAACAAUUAAAAAGUAUCAGUCUUAAUUAUGGGAAGAGCGGGAGAGAAAGAUAGUUCAGGGAACCGAGGGUGGCCAACGUUUCCGAGAGUUUGCUAUUGUCCAGGGCUAUCCGGGUUUUGUUGAUUUAAAUCUGAAUUGCAAAAUUGUGACUAAAACAUCCAAGAUGUAACUGGAACCAAGCUGUAGCGUUUCUCCAGAGCAGCUAUUGUAGCCUUAGUAAUGCUCAUCAAAUUUAGUUCUCUCCAAUUUUAGCGAAGUUUAGAGAAUUAUUACUUUAUUAUUUUAUUAUUUAUAUAGCGCCAUCAGAUUCCGUAGCGCUGUACAAUGGGUGGACUAACAGACAUGUAAUUGUAACCAGACAACCGGACGUACAGGAAUAUAGAGGUGGAGGGCCCUGCUCAAUGCGCUUACAUCUUUUUUUAUUUCCUUUUGUGUUAGGAUAUCUGUGGGCACGAGAGCUGUGACACUCUGGGCGUAGCUGACAUUGGGACGGUUUGCGACCCCAAUAAAAGCUGCUCCGUGAUUGAAGAUGAUGGACUCCAGGCUGCUUAUACCCUCGCCCAUGAGCUUGGUACGUUACAAGAUACUCUCUUAUAUACCUGUGCCUCACAGACAAAAAAAAAAAACUGUGACAAUAUCAUGGUAUAUAGUGCCAAGGAACUAAAAAUAAAAAAUGUCAAACAAAUAUUAUUAUACAUUUUGAUUAUUAUAAAUGCAUAAAUUUAAUCUGAUUAUAUGUUGCAGAGACAGUUUAGAGACACUUUGUAAAUAGUGAUGUCCCGAACUGUUCGCUGAACGGUUCGCCACGGACUCCAGUCAGCAGACACAUUCCAGCCAAUCAGCAGCAGACCCUCCCUCCCAAACCCUCCCACCUCCUGGACAGCAUCCAUUUUGAAGCUGCAUUCUUAGUGAGCUUUCCAGGAGGUGGGAGGGUCUGGGAGGGAGGGUCUGCUGCUGAUUGGCUGGAAUGUGUCUGCUGACUGGAGUCCGCGGCGAACCGUUCGUGGCGAACCGUGGCGAAUCAUGGCGAACCGUUAGUGAACCGUUCGGCGAACAGUUCGGGACAUCACUAUUUGUAAACACUACUACAGUUACUAACGUAGGUAAAACAAUACAUUGAAACAAACGUCCAUUAAUGAUAAAACAACUUGCAAAUCUCAAUCAGGGACCGGUUUGGGCAUGCUAGUAAAUUUAUUUAAUAAAGUAUAGAUGAAAAGCUAUUGUUAGGAAAUCAUAAAUGACUGAUCUGAUUUUUAUAAGAUUUACCAUGCUUCAGGGAAUUUUCGGGGGAAUUUUCUGUAAAUUUAUGGAGUUUGUACAGUCAGUGAAGUUACGGAUUCAUUACCGGGGGUGGGUAGGGGGGGUGGGUCUGAUCUUUUUACUGUUUCACUAACAUUACAUUGUGUACUUUACGUCAGACACAAUAUGAAGUUAAAACCUCCCAGGACCACUACAGCGUCCUGGGAGUGCCCUAGUACCUCCCCCAUUACAAGUGGUCUGCAUUUAAACUCAGCAAAACUCCAACCACAGCACGCAGAUUUCAUUUCCGAGUCCAUAGUCAGCUGCUGGCUACAAGUAAACCUAGAUGAUUUACCCAUGAACCAACCAAAGAUCUCAGUCCUAAUUAAAGGCAUUUGGAGUUGUACCACGUUAGGCAAUCUGACUAAGCAAAUAAAGUUUGACAUUUGAUGAUUAUCUCGAUUAUCCUAAAAAAAAAAAAACAUUUUUGUCUAAUUUAGCUCAUGUCCUCAGCAUUCCACAUGACAACUCUAAGAAUUGCGAGAAGUUUUUGGGAGGUCUGGGGAAAAACUAUCUGAUGGCUCCCAAGUUUCUUCAGUUCAACAAAUCUAUGCCGUGGUCUCCAUGCACCGCCACGCACCUCACCGAAUUCUUUGACAGUGGCCAUGGUAAGAAUUGUAGGGACUACUUUCACUUAGAGCUAGGCAACUUCACUCCAUGUUUUAAUAGAAUAACAAGCAUUGUGAAAGUGUAUCCAGACUAUUUCCUGUCCUAAUGUGUUUUACACCCCACCUCCUAUAGAAUGUAAGCUCGAUUGAGCAGGGUCCUCUUCAACCUAUUGUUCCUGUAAGUUUAUUUGUAAUUGUCCUAUUUAUAGUUAAAUCCCCUCUCAUAAUAUUGUAAAGCGCUACGGAAUCUGUUGGCGCUAUAUAAAUGGCAAUAAUAAUAAUAAUAAUAUCUGAGGAGACAAUAUCAGGUUGCAUUCUGGGAAUUAUUCAUAAAAUCAGGAAUUUGCGGAGAAUUGAAAAGCGAAUUGAAAUCAGUCCACUUUGUUCAAACUCUAUUUAUAAGGAGACCCCCAAUAGCUAUAUAUGUUAUCAUUUCAGGAAAGGAUCUGUCCAUUAAGAACCCUAGUUAUUAAUAGACAAUAAUUGCUUCUGUGUCAAUGUUGCUUCUCCAGACAUGUUGCAACAAAAUCACUGCAAGGAGAAAAAUAAAAUCGCUGCGGUGUUAAAAAACCAACAAUGAAAUAUAAAUGAAUACAUCCCACCUAACAAGAAUGGGAAUUAUCAGUAGAUUCACCCCUUCAGGGGCUAUAGCGCAGCUCACUAAAAAUCUCCCCCCGUACCCCCCCCCCCCACACACACACACACACACAGUUAGAUAUGACCUGCUCUCUGUGUAAAUUGGUCAUUUCACAAUCAUAUUUCGACUCCUAAUCACACCCUUUGCUAGUAACUGUUAGAUGAAGCCUUGCCGUCUACUGGGAGACAUCCUCCGAUCAGGGCGAGUGCAGAUGUUUUGACGCAAAUGCUGUCUAUGACAGCACAGGCGGUUGGUGAUCUAAACGGUUUAUUCCUGUGUUGUUCACCGCUCUGAGCUCAGACUGACGUAACGUCUGGAUUUCUAGCAAACCAGAGGAACAGCAGAGACAUGAUUGCUGCACAUUACACAAAAGACACGGACUACUGGUGGAUGUCUCGUCAAAUCUUCAUCCAACUUAAUGACAGGGUUAUUUACUAGGGUGAGAAUUGUGGAACAAUUCUCAAAGUCUGAUAUGCUUAAAGGUCGGCUGCUCUGGCCUUAAAGGAACACUAUAGUGUCAGGAAUGCAAACAUGAUUUCUGCACAUUUUAUAAAAUUGAAAAUUCAAAGUGAAUUUUUAAUUUAAAACGACUCUAUGGUCACCAGAACACUGAGCUGUAGUUGGUCAGGUGACUAUAGUCACGUAGGUCUCUUUACAGUGAACACCACUGAAUGUGGCUCCGUGGCAUGUUAUAUCGGGAUGAGCAAUUUUAACACAUUAAUUAACCCAUGAAUGCUACCAUACGCCAGAAACCAGAACCCGCUGAAUUGAGCAGAGAUUGCAAGUAAAACACAGAUAAUUGCAAAUUAUCAAAAAGCAGUUUGAAGAAAGGGUUACGUGUGAGUGUGUCAGCGAGUGCUUGUGUACGUGUAUAUAUAUGUAUAUAUAUACACAUAUACACAUAUGUGUGCCCAGCAUUUUUUAAUAUGAAGGCAUUUGCCAAGUCUUUGGUUAUUAAGGGGUUAAAUGCUAUGGGUGGGUUAUUAUCUAACCCUUUUAUUUUUUCCAUGCGGGAGUAGUGCGUUAAAUGAGUUUACAAUUUACGUUCCAGGGGUGGCAAUGCGUUGCACUGCAGAGUUACGAGCUACCCGCCCCGUUGGCAUUAGGGUGAUUAACUCAGAGUGCCAGCACAAGUUGCCUGCAGUGCUUUGCUAGACCUCAUGGUGUUCAAAGCAUUGACACAUCCACAUAACACCAUUUUUCUUCUUUAUCGCGGGGAAUCAAACGGCCCUGGAGCCUUUUUAAAUUAGAAGGAAAAACUGUUACGCAAGAAACUGGAGAUUUUUUUUUUUUUUUAAACUGACUUUGAUGUCUUGUUCAACUUUCUCAAUAAAGAGUGCUCACAUUAUUAAAAUGUAUUUACUUGACCUGAGCGGCUGCACCUGAAAACCGGUUCUUUUAGAAGCUGCUGAAUAUCUGUUUCGUGGCUUUGCUGUGGGGUCUGCUGCUCAUUACCAUUCCACCAUUUAUUGUAUUUAAUGUUUGGCAACUUGUUAUACAUUAUACCACGUUACUGGAAAUGUUACCGAUAUUUAAACAUUCAGCUGAUUUUAUUUUUUUGUACGUUACAUACAUUUGUGUCAAUACAUCAUAGGAUCAUUUACAUUUUUUUAUGAGUUGUUACUGUACCUUUAACCCCUUAAGGACCAAACUUCUGGAAUAAAAGGGAAUCAUGACAUGUCACACAUGUCAUGUGUCCUUAAGGGGUUAAAACCAGUGAUCCUUAACAAAUGUUGCAAACUGGAUGGUUCUACAGAUAGUAUAAUGCAUUUGGAGAUUACCCUCUCCUAUAUAAUAUAAACUUCGUUGUUGGCCUUUAUUCUAAAACUACACCUACCCCCUUGCCCUUGAAGUAAAUCUUUCUUCCCCAUUUUUCCUUCCUCCCUCAUAACUGUUGUCUGUACUUAUUUUCUGUCUAUUUUUAAUCUUCUUUCUGUUGAAAGAGUAACAAAACCAUUUUUCCUUAAUGUGGCCCCUGCUGAAGAUGCAUUAUUUUUCACUAGGCGUGAACCUCUUAUUGUUCAAUCUGAUGUUGCUUUCAUAUUUAAUUUUUCUUUCUUAAAGCAGUAAAAUGUAUUUUUAAAAAUAAAUAUAUAUAAUUAACCCCUUAGUGACCAGACCAUUUUUCUGUUUUUUUACAGUUAAGAACCAAGGCUGUUUUUACAUUUCUGCGGUGUUUGUGUUUAGCUGCAAUUUUCCUCUUACUCAUUUACUGUACCCACACAUAUUAUAUAUGUUUUUCUCGCCAUUAAAUGAUCUUUCUAAAGAUACCAUUAUUUUCAUCAUAUCAUAUAACUUACUAUAAAAAGAAUUAUAAAAUCUGAUGAAAAAGUUUUUAAAAAAAACACACUUUUUCUAACUUUGACCCUCAAAAUCUGUUACGCAUCUGCAACCGCCAAAAAACACCCACGCUAAAUAGUUUCUAAAUUUUGUCCUGAGUUUAGAAAUACCCAAUGUUAACAUGUUCUUAGCUUUUUUUGGAAAGUUAUAGGGCGAUAAGUACAAGCAGGACAUUUAUCAAUAGUGACAUUGUAACACUGUUGUUUGUCAUAAAUCUCUGAAUCACACCUCACAUGUACAUAUUUUUUUAAAGUAGACAACCCAGGGUAUACAAUAUCGGGUAUGUCCAGUCUUUUUUAGUAGCCACUUGGUCAUAAAAACUGGCCAAAGCUAGCAUUAAUAUGGGUUUGUGUGUUAAAAAUGCAAAAAACAAUUAUGAACAUUAACUUUGGAGAGUGUUUGUGACUAAGUGGCUACUAAAAAGACUGAACAUACCCCAUUUGCAAUACCUUGGGAUGUCGUCUUUUGCAAAUGGUAUGCCAUCAUGGGGGUAAUUCUCAUUCCUGGGCUACCAUACGCUCCCAAAGGCAACAUAACCAAUCUGGCAAAUUUCAAUGUGAAAAAAAUGAAAACUCAAGCCUUAUAUUUGACCCUGUAACUUUCAAAAACACUUUAAAACCUGUACAUGGGGGGUACUGUUAUACUCAGGAGACUUUGCUGAACACAAAUAUUAGUGUUUCAAAACAGUAAAACAUAUCACAACAAUGAUAUCAUCAGUGAAAGUGACGUGUGAAAAAUGCAAAAAACUUCACUUUUACUGACAAUAUCAUCGCUGUGACAUGUUUUACUGUUUUGAAAAACUAAUAUUUGUGUUCAGCGAAGUCUUAAUUUGCUAGCAAACUUAAAUUCUCUGGACUUUCGGCCUGGGUUGUCGGGCAGGUCCCUCAAAUUGCAAUUUAAAAAAAAUUACUUAAUUAUGUAAAAAUAUUACAUAAAUAUGCACGUAGAAUUUAAAUAUAUAUGCAUAUUUAUAUAUUGGAAGUCCACGUGUAUGUUUAUGAAGUUAUGUAAUUAUGUAUAUGGAUAUAUAUAUUUCUUAUUAUUUUUAUUUCUAUAUACAUAGAUAUAUAAUUUCAUUCUAAGUGUAUUUUGAUAUAAAUAUAUAUUAAAAUCAAAAUUUCAGUUAGAAAAAAUUACAUAUAUAAUUUUUUUAAUUUUAUUAUUUUUACAUUUUUUAUUUCUUGUUAUUUACUUAUUUAUAUUUUAUAAUAUAUACAUACACAAAAUAUAUAGUUAUUAUAUAUAUAUAUAUAUAUAUACACGUGAAAAGUAAUUAAGUGUAUUUUUAUAUUAAUAUAAAAGCGAUAUGUUCUCCUAUUUUAAAAACACUAAUAUUUUUGUUCAGCGAAGUCUCCCGAGAAAAACAGUACAGUACAUGUACAGGUUAUAGGGUGUCAUGGAAAGUUACAGGGUUAAUACAGUGCUAGCAAAUUAAAUCUUCUGGGCUUUCGGCCUGGGUUGUCAGGCAGGUCCCUCAAAUUGCAAUCAAUAAAAUUACUUAAUUAUGUAAAGAAUUUACAUAAAUACGCACGUAGAAUUUUAAUAUAUAUAUUUAUAUAUUUGAAGUCUAUGUGUAUAUUUUUCAAAUUAUUUAUGUAAUUAUGUAUAUGGAUAUAUAUUUUAUAUUAUUUUCAUUUAUUUAUAUAUACAUAGAUAUAUAUAAUUUCAUUCUACGUGUAUUUUGAUGAUAUUAAUAUAUAAAUAUAUAUUAAUAUCAAAAUACAGUUAGAAUAAAAUUACAUAUAUAUAUAAUUUUUUAAUUUUUUAUUUUAAAGAAAAAACAUUUAUUUUUAUGUACUUUAUAUUUUAUAAUAAUAUAUAAAUAAAGUUAUUAUAUAUAGUGUGUGUAUAUAUAUAUAUAUAUAUAUAUGUAUAUAUAUAUAUAUAUAUAUAUACAUACGUGUGUAAUUUACUUCUAAGUGUAUUUUUAUAUUAAUAUAUGUAUAUAGUAAUCAAAAAAUACACUUAGUAUGACGUUAUUUAUAUAUAUCUUGUAUAAUUAUAUUUUUAUUUGCUAACAUAUAUAUUUUUUAUUUUAUUUUAUACAUGCAGGGAGACUGCCUGUCAGUUCAGGCAGUCCCCCUGCAGGCAGCACUAUGGACGCCUAUUACGAUCACAUGGCCCACGGGGGCCUAAUUUGCAGAGGGGGGACUGUCUGGGCUGUCAGGCAGUCCCCCCAGACCGCGAGCAACACCAAUUGCAGCUGUUUUUUGUCGGGCGUACUUAGUACGUCUGCGGUACUUAAGGAGUUAACUUGAGAAGGGUAAUGAUACAUAUCUGCAUAUAUAUCACUUAUGGAUAUAUAUGCUCUGUGUGCAUUUCCUUAACCUUUUCUAACUCAUAAAUCACAUUUAUAAAACAAAUCCAAUUUGUCAUCUGCUGGCAUUGUUCAAGAUUCGCAGAAUACAGGUGUGUGCUGAUAUCGGAGCCAACUUCUACUGUUUGACACACGUCUCCCAAGGCUACAUGGCUUCAAUCUCAAAAACUAUUUCAAUCAGCAACAUAAAGCGCUGGAUUCUGUUCAAUGAAAUAAAUGUUUAUUUUAUUCUAGAAUUACAAACAUUUGCUAAAAAAAAAAGCACAGCCUGAAAACAAGUUAAAUCAUAAGUUGCAUCAUCAGAUAUAUAUAUUGUAGUGCUUUGUGCUGGAUGUUUAAUGGGUUCGUCACAUGUGUAUCAGGUACUUGUGAGAUAUUCUCCUUAGGUAGAGGGAUAUUUACACUAAUCUUAAUAUUUUACUUAAGUCUAAAGUUAAAAUGUAUUCUAUCCUUCAUAUUAUUAUUACCAUUUAUAUAAUGCCAACAUAUAGUGUAGUAUGUUACAAUUAUAGGAAGGGAAUAUAUUUUGUGGCAAAAAAUGCCCUGCUCAAACGAGCUUACGACCAAAGACGAUUUAAGGUAGGUGGAUAUAAAAUGUCAGGUGUCUUGCCCAGAGACACUUACCAUUAAGGCGGUCUGACCAGGAUUCAAACCUUGGAUUCCCAUUUCUAAUUUGUUUUACCGCUGCUCUGAUCUGCCGGUUUUGUCAUAUCAUUAUUUAUCUUUAUCAUUCGGCAUCUUCAAAAAAAAGUGUCAUUAAACAUUCUAUAUAGUAAAUCACAGUAAUGUUAAAAAACAAAAUUAUAUGAUUUUCCAGUAAAACUCAAAUACUAAUAAUGGAUUAAUGUGCACUGUUUGUUGAUAUUCCUUAGUUAAUUAAAUUUCUCUAUUUCUGUAGGCUUGUCUUUACUCAUAUUUGCCUAAAGUGAUGGGAGUUUCUGUCCCAAAGAGAAAGCGAAGUGUUUUGUUUAGUUUCAGUAACUGCAGACGCUGGAUAACUCUAUAUUGGACGUCAUUUUAGCUGCUCAGAGUCUCACAGCGACUCUCCAGCGAUCAGGAAAAUACAAUUCCCAUAAUUCCAACACAUGGAUGGCUAUUGUUAGAGGCUCUGUAGUUAUUCAAUUAGACUGUUCUCCAAUGAAAGUAGACAUAUUGCAUUGACAAGUACAAGAUCUCCCGUAUUAUACGCCCUUGUUAUCUCUCAUUAGGGGACUGUCUCUUGGAUGCUCCCUCAAUAACUCUAGAAGUUCCUGAGGAGCUGCCGGGUUUAUCUUCCGUGUACGAUUUAGACAGCCAGUGCCAGCAAGUUUUUGGGAAGGAGUUCUCACACUGUCCCAGCAACCGCCAGGAGGAUCUCUGUGCCCAGCUAUGGUGUAAAAUCCAAGGGGAGCAUGUGUGUCACACCAAGAAUGGCACCCUGCACUGGGCUGACGGGACGACCUGCGGAGACCAGCGUAUGUGCAUGGAUGGCGUUUGCCUGGGAGAGGAGGCUGUAUCAGGGCCCAAGGUAAUAAUAGGAUGGUGUAAUUAGUACGUUAACAUUUUAGCAAUAAAGAAAGUCUGUCUGCGUUUCUUUUAGGCCAACUGUCCCUUUUAUAAUAACUGCCUUCUGAGGUUCUCCAGAAACUAAUAAACUAAUAAAACAUGAACAAUUUACAGUUUCAAAGUUCGAGGAAAUCAUGGGCAGCAGAUUCAUUUACAUGAAUUGUAUUGCCUUUGCCUUCUCAGAAAGCAGUCUUGAGGUCAAAGCACAGGUCUAAAAUCGGUGAAUUACAGUUACGUGCUGAACUAAUGAACACUCGUGUGAAUUUGCCUUUAACCUUAUAUGCUUCAGAUGGCUACAAUGUGUUAGCAAGCUCUUCCGUGUAAUUGAUUUUUUUGUAGAACUAUAUAUAUAUAUAUAUAUAUAUAUAAUAAUAUUAUGUUUUUUUUUAAUUUUAUUUCUUUAAUGACUGUUGUCCAGGUGGCAGUGGAUGGAAACUGGGGCAGCUGGGGAGCUUGGGGUGAAUGUUCGAGAACCUGCGGAGGAGGGGUACGGUUCUCCCAUCGAGAGUGCAAUGACCCUGAGCCGCAGAAUGGUGGGAAAUACUGCAUAGGCCAGCGUGUGAUUUACGAGUCCUGUAACACCCAGGAUUGCCCCAAUCAGGGUGAGUAGUGCCUGGAAUCGACUCUUGUUAGCAAGUGUGUGUUACAAAAUCUAGGGGGACUGCUUCUCAUAAUAAGCCCAACUGCACCACGGAGCAUAUACCCAUUCAGUUCUCUACCAGCAAAGUGAUCUAUUAUCACUAUAAGUCUUGUCGUAGAAUGCAAUAAGCAACUCUUAUAACACGUUUUAUUUUUCUUAAACAGUGAAACAUCCUAAAAGCUACCCCAGAUUUUAUGGGGGGAUUCAACAUUCCAUACACCCUGAGAAUCCGCCAGUUACAGUGAAACAGACCCAGAUUGUAUUUGAUUUGCAGAUUAUUUAAUCUCCUCUUUCCAGAACAGAGUUUUCGAGACCAGCAAUGCGCAAAUUAUAACCAUUACAACUACACGGACAGGGAAGGAAAGCUCCUGGAAUGGCUUCCUAAAUAUUCAGGAGUAUCCCCACGAGAUCGCUGCAAGUUGGUGUGCCAAGCACGAGGGAGCAGUGAAUUCAAAGUCUUCCAACUCAAGGUGAGGGACGGAGGCGAUCAAACUUCGCGAACGCAAAGAGGUUUAGUAAACCGUACGUUUUUUAGACAAAAAUAGCCACAUUCUUCAAGCUGGUUUUCUACUUGAGCUAUUUUGACCUAAUAUUUCAGUCCUUUUGUCAGUUUACCAUAAUUCCUGAUUUCUUUACCAGAAUCAAAAGAUACCUUGUUUUACGUGUUGUAGCAAUGCUUUGCAUUAAGGCAUUAUUCCAUCAAAUAAUUUAUUUUUAUAGUUAAACUUAGGAACACUCUGGGCACCAUAACAACUUCAUCGAAUCAAACUUGAUAUGGUGCCAGGAGAUGCCUAAUCCCGAUUUACCUUAAAAAGUUGAACUGUUAACAAAUGAUUUAACCCUAAAGUCUCCUGUCUGGCACCAUUCAGCUAUGCCCCCUUUCCCAUCCAUUUGAAUUUUUAAGAUUUAUGCAGAGAUUGUUUCGUCUUUACAUAUUUUGUGUAUCCUGUACUUUUACAUUGCUGCCAGUUUUUUUCAAAGUCUGCAGUGAUGAACCAUUCCAAAAUCAUCCUUCACUUUUUAUUUUCUGUACCAAAAGCUUUUGUUUUGUUACAAAACACAAUUUAUAAAGGUUUUUAAAGCAAUAUUUGUAUCUAUGUGUGCCAUAUUGCAAGCACUGUGUACUCUGUGUAUACUGCAUAAAUGCCCUCUUUCUGUGCCGUCCUGCAGGUGGUGGAUGGCACGCUCUGUGGGCCGGAGAGUUUGUCUGUGUGCGUACAAGGUCAGUGCCUGAAGGCUGGAUGCGACCAUACUUUGGGGUCUUCUAAAAAACUAGACAAAUGCGCUGUGUGCGGCGGCGACGGGUCCAGCUGCAGAAAAGUAUCCGGUUCCCUUAAUAAGUCAAAGUAAGGAUCACUCCGCUGGUCAUUGCAUGCUUGGGGAUAUGUGGAGGUAUAUUUACUGACCUAUAAACCCAGAGUUUUACUCCUUUGGGUAACUACAUUGGACUUUGGUGCAGCAGUCUGCGGAAUCCAUCAGUUCUUAAAUCCUCAUAUAUUACAAAGAAACUGACAGGGUUAUUUACUAAGGUGAGAAUUUAAAGUGAGUUUCAGAUUACAGACCAGUGGAGUUGUCAUUAAAGCAGAGUUGACCUGGAGAAUGUUUCCAGCUCGGCUAUCUUGACAUGAUAUUUGAAAUUCACUUUGAAUCCUCACGUUAGUGCAUAACCCUGAUAACCCUAAAAACAAAUUGCUCCGACCGGACUUUUCAAUGUAAAAUCUCAGAAUAUUUUGCUAACUUGUCCUAACCUUUACUGCUUCCACUGGAAGGCGAUUCCAGGUAUCUACUACCCUUUCUAUAUCACUGUUACUGCUCCCACUGGAAGGCUAUUCCAGGUAUCUACUACUCUCUCUAUAUCACUGUUACUGCUUCCACUGGAAGGCUAUUCCAUGUAUCUAAUACCCUUUCUAUAUCACUGUUACUGCUCCCACUGGAAGGCUAUUCCAGGUAUCUACUACCCUUUCUAUAUCACUGUUACUGCUCCCACUGGAAGGCUACUCCAGGUAUCUACUACCCUUUCUAUAUCGCUGUUACUGCUCCCACUGGAAGGCUAUUCCAAGUAUCUACUACCCUUUCUAUAUCACUGUUACUGCUUCCACUGGAAGGCUAUUCCAGGUAUCUACUACCCUUUCUAUAUCACUGUUACUGCUUCAACUGGAAGGCUAUUCCAAGUUUCUACUAUAAUAUGAAUUACUUCUGUGUUUCCUUUAAAUUAAUUAUGUCCUUUUGAAGAAAUGGUCUCCGGAAGAAAAGAGAUUGAUAACGUGCUAUAAGAGAGACAGGGUUUAUGCUGGGCUCCCUUUUUAGAGAAAUAAGUUUAGAAUUAAAUGCGUUAACUUAGGCUUGGUGGGAACAAGCAGCUCUCUGCAUGACUUGACAUGCUUUUUAGUGUUUUAAUACAUACAACCCCACAAGGAAGGGAGUAACUGGUGCUAAGGGGUCAGAACCCGAUGGGUCAGAAUUAUGAUGUCAAAAUUCUAAAGCAAUCACCUUGUAAAGCGUGUUGUCUAUUUCUGGGCGAAAAGUAAUUUCGAAGAGUAAGACGUAAUUCAAAAUGAAGUCAAGUGAGAAAUCUGUUUAUUAAUGUUUGUUAUUACCACGAAGAAAGGAACUGUGAGUAACACUGAAUAGGAAUAACCCUUUAACUCUGUCCCAUAGUACGUUAGUACGUUAGUACGUUAGUACAUUAGUACGUUGAAACCUGAUAUUAGCAGAGUGGAACUUAUUGACCAGAAGAAGUGAUUUAUAAAUGGUGUCGUAGAUAAGAUAAGGACAUUAUUAUAUCCUUGUAUGGAGUAGGCCCAGCUAUGCGACCAGAAGAUUAUUCAUAAAAUGAAAGGUGGAGUUUUAAUGCUAAACUAUUGGUUAAUUAAGCUACCCAGGGCCAUCUAUAAUAUGAUUAGGACCCUGGGCAAUGCAUUUUCUUGGGCCCCAUGGGCCCUGUCCCUGCCACUGCCUCACUCCCCAAUUACGUCCAACCCGCAAUCACACUGACAGACGUACUGGCACAUACACACACAGACAGACAUUAAAACAUUCACAGAUACAUACUGACACACAAAGUCACUACACACAAAUAUAUACUGGCAGACAUACUGACACACACACAGACAUACAUACAUACACAGACACAUACAUUAACAGAUAUACUGACACACACACAAACACAUACACUGACAGAUAUACUAAAACACAUAGACACAUACACUGACAGACACAUUGACACACACACACAGGCAUACUGACAUAUACACACAGGCAUACUGACAUAUACACAGACAGACGUAAUGGCUGAUACAGACAGACAUUAAACAUUCACAGAUAUAUACUGACACACACAUACACUGACAUACAAAUAUAUCCUGGCAGACAUACUGACACACACACACACACACAGACAUACAUACAUACACACACAGACACAUACACUGACAGACAUACUGACUGACACACACAUACACACACAUACUUACAUACACACACAGACAUACUGACACACAAAGACAUGCUGACACACACACACAGACAUACUGACAUACACACAGACAGACUGGCACAUACACACAGACAGACAUUAAAACAUUCACAGAUACAUACUGACACACACAUACACUGACACACAAAUAUAUCCUGGCAGACAUACACACAGACAUACUGACACACACACUGACAUACACACACAGACAUACUGGCAUACACACACACACACAGACAUACUGGCAUACACACAGACAUACACACAGACCUACUGACAUACAUUUAGCCACCCUCCAGGUUCUUACCUUUUCCUGGAGGGUGGUUUCCCUGGUCCAGUGGCAGGCUGAGGCAGAUGGGAGUUCUCCUCCUCCCUGCCUUCCUCCUCCCACGCGGCUAUCUCCGGUGGGAGGAAGUGACGACCAGGCCCCUGCUGACACAUGCUCCCCGGGUGGCCCUUAGUGCAUGGGCCACCCGGGGAGCCUCCUCAGUGUGCGGGAGCCGCACCGCAGGGCCUGCGCAAAUCGCGGGGCCCACAUGAGCAACUGCGUUAAAGACGGCCCUGAAGCUACCUUUAAUAUCUCUCUGCAUGUAAAAUGUCAUCCAUUCACAUUAUCAACAUAUUUACAAAAACACUGGCCGGGAUUAUCAAAGAUUACUUCUCAUUACUACAACAUUAAAUCUGCCAAAUCAUAUUGAGCGCUUAAAGGGACACUAUAGUCACCAGAACAACGACAGCUUAUUGAAUUUGUUCUGGUGAGUAGAAUCAUUACCAUCAGGCUUUUUGCUGUAAACACUGUCUUUUCAGAGAAAAUGCAGUGUUUACAUAUAGCCUAGUGAUAACUUCACUGCCCACUCCUUAGAUGGCUGUUAGAGAUCCUUCCUGGGUCAUGGCUGCCUAAAAUGCAUCCAAACAUUCAGUGUCUCCUCCCUCUGCAUGCAGACACUGAACUUUCCUCAUAGAGAUUAAUUGAUUCAAUGUAUCUCUAUGAGGAGAUGCUGAUUGGCCAGGGCUGUGUUUGAAUCAUGCUGGCUCUGCCCCUGAUCUGCCUCUUUGUCAGUCUCAGCCAAUCUUAUGGGGAAGCAUUGUGAUUGGAUCAGGCUACCACUUCUGCUGAUGUCAGCAGACUGCUUGCUGGUCUGAGGCAGACAGGGCAGAGCCAGCAGCUUCAGGCUUGAAUACAAGUAAGAUUUUACUAUUUUUAGGGAGGCAUGAGGGGACCAGGGGGCUAGAUGGUGGUGUUAACACUAUAGGGUCAGGAAUACAUGUUUGUGUUCCUGACCCCAUAGUGUUCUUUUAAGGAAGGAAAGCCUUUAUAAAGACAUAGCUAUGCUUGCACUUCUCAAUAGGAGGACUGUCAGUGAGUGACUAUGGUAGUAUUUAUUCAAUAUCUCUACACCAGGGGUUGGCAACCUUCUACACUCCAGAUGUUUUAGACUACAUUUCCCAUAAUGCUCUUACAGCUAUAACACAGGCAAAGCAUCAAGGGAGAUGUAGUUCACAACAUCUGGGGUGUCUAUCCCUGCUCUAUACAUUUCCAGGCAAAUCUGUUGUGAAUCAGGAAUAUUUUUGUUUUAUUAAUUCACAUCAGUAAUCAACACAGUAAAGGAGGAGACUAUAUAUAAAAGAAGAAAAACUACCACAACAAGAUGACAUAGUCUUAAAUUAGAGGGGCAAAGGUUUAAAAAUAAUAUCAGGAAGUAUUACUUUACUGAGAGGGUAGUGGAUGCAUUGAAUAGCUUUCCAGCUGAAGUGGUAGAGAUUAACACAGUAAAGGAGUUUAAGCAUGCGUGGGAUAGGCAUACGGCUAUCCUAACUAUAAGAUAAGGCCAGGGACUAAUGAAAGUAUUUAGAAAAUUGGGCAGACUAGAUGGGCCGAAUGGUUCUUAUCUGCCGUCACAUUUUAUGUUUCUAUAUUUCAGUUGAUUUUCACUUUCAUUAACCUUUUCUUUUUCUACGAAUACUUUCUGUAUUUGAAACUUUUCCACUCAGACAUCAAAACCUAGUUUUAGAGUAACUAAGUCUCUGAUUUAAUAUGUUUAGAUAAGCUGGACAAGCUUUCAAAAUUAUGUUUUCAGCAUAUGAAAUUAUCAAAAAAACAUAAAUCUAAAAUCUAUCAUAUUUAAAAAAAAAAUCUAAAUAUUAAAAUAUUUUUAAAAAUACUAAAUGAUUUGAAAAGCUUACCUGAAAAUAUUAAAUCGGACAAAAUAAAUUCAUAUGACCGCGCAUAUCACAUCUUAAAAUGGAACUGUCACUUCUUUGCAAGUAACAGUUUCUUGUUCCCUCACUUGAGUAAAUGCUAUUGAAGUGAAAAAUGCAUUAUGUUGACCAAUGUAGCCUCUGGUCUGCUACCUAUGCUCAAAGGGACACUAUAGUCACCAAAACAACUUUAGCUUAAUUGAGUAGAUUUAGUGUAUUUCAUGUCUCUGACGUUUCACUGCUUAAUUCUCUGGCAUUUAGGUGUUAUAUCACUUUUGUUUCUGUUUAUUCAGCCCUGGUCACACCUCCCCUGGCUGUGACUGACACAGCCUGCAAGGUAAGAAGUGGUUUCAUUUUCAAUCAGAUGUAACUCACUUUAAAAGUUUAUAUCUCCUGCUCUGUAAAUUGAACUUUAAGUACAUACAGGAGGUUCAUGCAGGAUCUAGAUGGCUAUUAUCUGUGCAGGAGAUAAGAAAUUCUAAAUUAAACAGAAUUUGCAAUAAAGGAAGUGUAAACAUUAGAUAACUCUUUACAGGAAGUGUUUAGGAAGGCUGUGUACGUUACGUGCAGGGAGGUGUGACAAGGGCUGUAUAAACAAAGUGAUUUUAUUCCUAAAUGGCAGAAUUGAACAGUGAGACUCCAGCGGUAUAAACUAUACACCAAAACUGCUUUAUUAAGCUAAAGUUAUUUUGGUGACUAUAGUGUCCCUUUAAGUAUCUACUGAGAAAGUCAGAGUAAUGCAUGUGAGUGGUAAUUCCAUCAAUAAUGUCAAAUGUACUGCAGUGUUUAAUUUAAUUUACAUUAUACCAGCUUGUGUAAAAACUUCACAAGCAACAGACUAGUUAGAUUGUAACAGCUCUUAUUAUACUGAACAUGAAAAAUCCCUAUCUGAAGCCUAAUUAAUAUCCAUAUACAAACUAUAAAACUCGGUGUAAGACAUUAUCUCUUCCUUUCUUUGAGCUGACUUUGAGAAUAUUUGUUUGAAUUACCAUUUAAUGCCUUUUCUCCAGAGCUUCAUAUCAUAGUUUACAAUUUUCCAUUAAUUUAAUUAUUGCAUUAUUGCGUUCACUGUAUGUUAUGUUAAUUAAUAUUAUAUUAAAAUUCUGGAAUCUUAAAGUAUUCUCAUGUUUCUCUCUAUUCAGAUACGGAUAUACCGACAUUGUUACUAUACCGGCUGGUGCCACAAAUAUUGAUAUAAAGCAACGCAGCCACCGUGGAGUCAUAUAUGAUGGUAACUAUCUGGCAAUCAAGCGAACAGAUGCCAGUUAUCUGCUAAAUGGUGAUUUUGCCGUGUCUUCAGUGGAACAAGACCUGCAUCUAAAAGGAACUAUUCUAAAAUAUAGUGGAACUUCAACCACUCUAGAAAGAAUACAGAGUUUCCACCCCCUUCCAGAAGCUUUGACAAUCCAACUUCUCAGAGUGGUUGAAGAGGUUGUCCCACCCAAAGUCAAGUAUAUGUUCUAUGUUCCAAAGAUGUUGACUUAUCCAAAGACAAAGUCCAAGGACAAGAUAUCCCACCAUUUGAUAAAGCCUCUGUUGACUUCUCGGUGGGUUUUUGGAGACUGGUCUCAAUGUUCUAAGACUUGUGGCUCCGGUUGGCAAAGGAGGACUGUAGAAUGCCUAAAUUUAGAAGGGGGGGCCUCGGAACAGUGCUCUCCAGAACUAAAACCGGAAGACAUCCGACACUGUGGGGAUUUGCCCUGCCCUAUAUGGAGAUUCAUGAGUUGGUCACCAUGUUCUCAAAGCUGUGGGGAAGGAAUUAGAACCCAGAGGGUGUUUUGUGUAGACUACACAGGCAAACAGAUAGAUGAGGCCAAAUGUGACCCAGGAAAACGACCUGCAGAGGUUUCAACUCCAUGUGUACUUGUGGAGUGCUGAACCAAGGUGAGGAGGAGGACAUACCAUAUGGGCAGCUAUUCAUAUUAGCCCAAUACUGCUGAUGGAGAUCAAAAUGAAUUCCUUUUACACUGGAACCAUGAGAGAACCGAAGAGCUACAUUGAACAAAAAAUGUUUCCUUCAUCUCUUCCAAAAAAAAGAACGCUGUUUGUAAUUUCCGUUUAGUUCACGUACAGAACAAACCUUUGCUGACAUUUUCACUUUCUCACACUCAGCCUUAAAACAUUGUUGCAAGAACAAUGGACCUUUAAACCUUCCUGGGUCUAAGGAGACUUUUCUUACAUCAGCAGCUAUUGGAGCAUCUGUGCACUAAUUGACCAAAGCGGGUCCUAGCCCUGCUUUAAGGACUAACGGCAAAACAUGGACACAAUUUGUCUCCAGUUAGAAAUCUACCUCACUAGGAUUAUCCCUAACCUUUUUGUAUUACUGCAAUGUUAAUUGUUUGUUUCCACUUCUAUUGCAGAAAGCUCUGUGAUUUAAUGCUUUGCUGUGCCACGCUAUGUACUAACCAGUUCAUUGUCAAUAUGUUCUCUUAAAGCCAACAAGUAUUAUGUCAGUAUUUUCGAUGAGUACCAGCUUAUUGUACAUGUGAAAGUUGUUAUAUAAUUUCUUCUUACUUUUGCGUCCAUCUGGUCUGAUGUAUAUAUCAUAAACAUUAAGGAUCAGGAAAGCAAGUUAUCCGUAGGACAUUAGGUGACACGGACGCUAUGUGAUGUUGAAAGUCACUAUCACUAAGUUUUCAGCAACUUUGACUUUGGUCUGUAAGAAUGUAAGCUUCGUGGCUAACAUGGAAUUUAAGAUUCAAUAUGAUUGGCUGCAUCAAUUCAACCAGAUAGUUUAGCUUUACGUUUCUCAACGUGAAGUACACACACCUUUCCACUUUAAUGUAUUAACCAUCUCAUUUCUACUCAAGAAAAGAAUGUUAUGCCUCUUGCCCCCUUUACAUAAUAAAAUGGUCAUCAGCUUUCAAAUUCUGGCCAUAAUUGAAAUUUGUUUACAAGCCAGUUGGGAGCAAUAGUGAAGCAGUUUGUGUCUGGACACUGUUAAUAAUCUAAAUGAUCUUCAUUUACUCACAGUCCACUGAAUCCUAGUUUGUACAUAAUAAUGAUUGUCCAGAAAGGGUGUAAAUAUACCUGCCCCUCUUCCGCCAUCAUUAGCUGAAUAUAACCCACCAAGUUUGUCUGGGGAGCGAUCUCUCCAUCAGACCGGGAGAGCAGAUUUGGGGGGUGCACUGGGGAGAUAAAGGCAGCAAUGAGUUCCGUUAUUUCUUCACGAAUGGCGGUCAGAUUUAGCAAUGAAAUGGAAAGCUCGUCUCUGGCGAAAGAUAGAUUGCCACCAACAGAAAGCACACAAAUCGCAGCAGUCACGUGAAAUGAAGAUGCCGGCUGUUAAAGUUUCAGCCAGUCCUCAGAUUCUGGCUUUUGCAGUCUUUGAGCAACUCUGUGAAAAGCGAAUGUACGCAGACAUUUAGCUCCUUCCCUAAAACAAAAGGGGGUUAGCAAAUACUGCAUGGGUUGCGUCUCACUGCUUCUGGUUUGCCUUUCACUUUAAAUUAAUUUUAACAGAAUUACAAAACCCAAUAGAACUGAGAUCCCAACAAGCAAUUUCUGACAUUAAUCUUUCAUUUUCUGACAAAGUAAGAAUGCUUUGGACAAGCGAUAAGAUCUCCCCACUGCCUGCUAGGUUUUAUUGGCAGAUAAUUGAUCUUUUUCUUCCAAGAGGAAUCUUUGUUCUAGGAAGCAUUUUCUGCUGUUGUUGGAUUGAAACUCCCAUCUGCUUAAGCCAUCCCAUAAGAUGGGUGUAAGCUGCACAGCCUUUCCUACUGAGGCUGAAAUUUUAGUUAAAUAGUUAAUGCAAGAUAAGAUUUCCUCUGGCUGAUGAAAGAUCGGGUGGAUGCAGCUUUUAAAAACAGCUGGAAAACAUCUGGGCUCCUAUGUAAAUUCCCAGAUACUCUCCCAAGUGUGGGAAUAGUUUUACUCGGCUGCAGGCUUGUCUCACAAUCCUGGUUUAGGAAAGACAGCCAGGUGUAUCCAGGUGGCCAUCUGGAAACAUUAACCAUGACACCACUGAAAGAAAUCUGCCCGUGGCCAACGAAGCAACCCACUUUUUUUCUAUUUUUAAUUUUGAAAUUUGUUUAAGAUAUUAAAAUAGUAUAUUUUUGUAGUGCUAUUACAAUUACAACAAUGUAUAUGGCGCCAACACAUUCUGCUGUGCUGUACAAUAGGUAAACAAGACAAAACAUGUUUGACAUAUGAGAACAGUAGGUUCUCAUAUGUCAAAAAUGGCCCCUCCCAAAUGAGCUUACAAUCUUAAAGUUCUGUAAAUGUAAAUCUAUACAUUAAAUGCAUAGAUCAAACUACGUAACACUACCACCACUUAGGAUAUGUUGUCAAUGGCUCGAUGUGCUUAAAUAUUCGAAGGAAUUGCUUAUACAUAGUGACCACCAAAUUUAUUCCAUUUGCCCUAUGUAAUGGCCUGCUGAGGGUUAAUAUAUUUAUUGGGCUAAUCAGUCCUAACAUGAAGGGCCUUUAUUAACCAUUUCAGUACCAAAUGAGGUUAGACAGAUCUGCGCACUUCUUUUGCAUGCAAAUAGUUACAUUUAAAUGAGUCUUAUUUACUUUGGUGGUGAGAAAUGUAUGUAGACCCUCAUUAACAUCACGGAAUGUUUUAGGACAUUUGUUAAAAAACAACAUAUUUAGAAUGUAAUCUCAGUUGUCCUGACCCACCUGAAUUUUAUCUCAACCUUAUUGAACCUCCCAUGUUGUGUAUCGUUUAACGACGUAGAAUUGUCUUAACUGUCGCUAUGUGAUUAUAACCCCAUAUGGCCUCUUUAUCUUAUUUUCAAAGGCUUUAUGUAAAGUUUUUAAAAUUUAUAUAGUUUUUAUUUUUUUUAUUUGUAUUUAGAGAUAACUUAAAAAGUUUUAACCAUUUGCUUAAAAUGUAUUUUUAGCCUGCUCACUUCCUGGUAUGGCCGCUAGGGGAGCUAGUGUGUGUUUGUGACAACGCGAUUUCCUAAAUCAAGCUUUUUAACAAAAUAUAAUGUGUAAAGUGCCAAUAAACUUUCUAAUUUUGUAUAAAAAAAAAUGUGUCAUUAUGCCUGAUUGUCGUCUUUGUUGCUUUUAUAUGUGUCUGAGGCUCUCAGUAUGCAUAAAAAUCACACUGUCUCAUAAAUAAUUAGAUUUUAGAUUUGGAGAUUCAAUUCAUUAUGAAUUGCAAUUUGUUCGAAUUUGG